AAGACAGGAGAAUGAGAAAGGGGGAAGAAGAGAGGAGAAGGAGCAUGGCUCCUCUCUGGCUUGGAAGACUCUGUCUGCUCCUGCUUUUGUGCAUCACUACGCUAGCACAAACUGCAGAACGAUCCAAGAGAAAAAAACGGGAGUGGAUUCUUCCUGCUGCAAAACUCGUCGAGAAUGUUGACUACACAAAAAAUGAAUUCAUAGCCAAAAUAUGGUCUGAUAAGUACACAGAAGACAAGCCACUGGUGUACAGCCUAACAGGACAUGGUGCUGACAAGGAGCCGUAUAACCUCUUUGUUGUCAAUCCCCAAAAUGGCUGGGUCAGAAUCACAGGCAUACUGGACAGAGAGGAAAGAUCAGAGUAUAAUUUGAAAGGACUGGCAAGACACAAAAAUGGCAGUCUGGCAGAAGGAGAGGUUCAUCUGAAAAUAAAGGUUGUGGAUCAGAAUGACAAUCCACCAAAGUUCACCUUCUCCAAAGGUUCUGUGACAGAAUGCAGUAAAAUAGGAACUCCUGUCAUGAGGAUAAGAGCUGAGGAUGCUGAUGAGCAGGGAACAAUCAACACAAAAAUUGCAUACAGUAUAGUGCAGCAAAUACCAGAGGGAGCUGGUCCCAUGUUCUCCAUCGACAGAGACACUGGAGAUAUCUAUGUGAAAGAGCACACCCUGGACAGAGAGACACAUGACUCCUACACUUUAGUAGUGCAGGGUGUGGAUAUGGAUGGAGCGCCAGGUGGCAACACAGGAACUGGUACAGUAGAGAUUAAAGUUUUGGACAUCAAUGACAAUGUUCCCACUCUUGAAAAAGACGAGCACACAGGAAGGGUUGAUGAGGAUGUAGCUGAUGUGGUUGUGAUGAGAAUCAAAGCCCUGGAUAAAGACCUGGAGUACACUGAUAACUGGCUGGCCCACUUUACAAUCAUUGAGGGUAAUGAAGAUGAACUCUUCACAAUAGAGACAGAUCCUAAGACCAAUGAAGGCAUUCUAAAGCUGGUCAAGCCUGUGGAUUAUGAAAAGGUCAAAGAGCUGAAUCUGGGCCUGGCCAUUUCAAAUGUAGCACCUCUCAUUAAUGUGACAGCAACAUCUGUGGAGUCAGAUGGAAAUUUGGGAGGCACUGGAGCUGGAACAGGACUUGCAGGGGAAGGAGGAGGAGCAGGGGAAGGGGGAGGAGGAGGAGCAGGGGAGGGGGAAGGGGGAGGGGCUGGGGCAGGUGCAGGAGUAAAACCUGGUGUUAUAAUAGGUCUUAAACCAGGUCUCAAACCAGACAAAAAGCCAUUAGCUAUAGGAGGAAAAAGAUACCCAGUUAAAAUAAUUGUAAACGACCUAUCCGAUGGUCUAGCCUUUUCACCAUCUAAGAAGGAGUUUCCCGUAUCAGAGGACCCAAAGAAAAUUCAAGUUCCUAAAAUUAUUGGUUCUUUUCCUGCUGUGGAUGGUGAUACUGGAAAAAGUGCUGAAAAUGUCAGGUAUGCAAAAGGCUAUGAUCCAGACAACUGGCUAUCCAUAAACGAGGAGACAUCAGAAAUUAAACUAGUGAAGAUUCCAGAUCGAGAGUCAAAGUCUCUGGUCAAUGGAACCUACUUUGCCAAGAUCCUAUGCAUGACCCAAGAUGUGCCUCCCAGGACAGUUACUGGAACAAUAGCUUUAAAGGUGGAAGACUCAAAUGACCACUGUCCCAGAUUGACCAGCAACUACGAGAGCAUUUGCUCUGAUACUAAAAUCAUAAACGUGACUGCACUUGACCAGGACGUCUAUCCAAAUGCAGAGCCAUACAAAUUUGUGCUGGUAGAGGAGGAGACUCGUGGAGAAUGGGAAAUGGUUCCUAUAAAUGGAACAACGGUGAGCUUUCAUGCCAAGGACUUGCUGUGGCCAGGCUUUUAUGAGCUGACUGUAGAGAUCUUUGACAUGCAGGGUUUGGGCUGUGAGGACAAGCAGAAGCUUCAAGUGGAGGUAUGCACCUGUGAGGAAGGUGACACCUGUGUUGUGGCACCCAAGGCAUCCCAACAGCAUAUGUCCUCAGUCAAAGUGGGAGUUCCAGCCAUCGGACUGCUCGUGGCCGGCCUGGCACUGCUUAUGUUGGUUCCCAUGCUUCUGUUGGUCUGCCAGUGUGGGGUGGUGAGCGAAUUCACAGAGCUGCCUUUUGAUGCUAAAGAACAACUUAUCUCAUACCACACUGAAGGAAAGGGGGAGGACAAGGAGGUGCCUCUUCUCAGUGCUCCAGACCAGCGACCUAUGGCAGUGGGUGGUAAUGCUGGCAGCAAAGUCCCCAUGAUGCCUUCUCCUCAGGCUCAUGAAUGGGUUAUGGAGCUUGACAGCAUGCUUGCACACCAAAACAACACUUUUUCAGCUGAGCAUCAUGGAAGCAGCCUCUAUUCUUCAUCACUCAGGCCUGGGAAGCAUGAUCUCUAUGGAGGGAUAGCACUGCCAGACAAUUUUCUACAUAAAUAUUUCACUCAGAAAGCGAGGUGUGCAGCUGAGAACCCUCCUCUCACGGACAGUCUGCUGGUGUACAGCUGUGAAGGUCAAGAUUCUCCCGUAGGCUCAUUGGGCUGCUGCAGUCUCCUUGAGUCAGGAAGUGACAUGACAUUCCUCAGUGAUUUGGGACCAAAAUUCCUGGCUUUAGCAGAGAUUUGCAGUCCCUCAAAACCUAGUCCACCACCAACAAAGGUUGAACAAAUUGUCAAGCCAAAAGAUACCACCAUCAAAAGUGAGAGUUGUGUCACCACCAGUAUAGCACCAUUUUCAGAACCUGCGCCACCUUUACCACAGCAAAGCAAUGCUGAUUCCAAAGCUCUCAAUAACUCAGACACUCUUUCCACCAUGAAUACUAGCCAGAUACAGCUUGUGCAGCAGCAGCCUCUGUACUAUUUGGUAGAACGUCAGGUACCAAGAACUGUGAUUAUUGCAGAGAGACCUACACAGGGUACAUACUUAAUAAAUGGGUCAGCAGGGGCCAGAGGGUUAAUCCUCCAAGACAGUGAUAAAGCACAGGCCUCACUGCAGCAAGGACUAUACCUGAUUAGAGAAACUUCUAGGCUACAGGAACAUCCAAUAGACAGUAUCUCAAAUCCUUCCAGCCCUGGCAGCCCAACUUCUCCAACUCUCUGGGUUCAGGGAAGCCAAAGCUGUUUCCAACACCCCGAUUCAGUCUCUCAAAGCACUCUCCCUGGGAUUCAGAGGGUGAUACUACUACAGAAUGAGGGUAAUGUAGUACCUGCUGUACUUUCACAGACAUGUGCACAAAGGGAGACUCUAGGCAUAAGUUUAGACCAUCCUGUAGAAGCAGGGUAUGUAAUGCUUGUUCAAGAUCAAAAUACCUUGGGCUCUCGAAGGUCAACACAAGCUCAGGCAGAGUUACAGUCUCCAGACAGCUCUUUGAAGUUUAGUCCAGUUUUUGCACAGGACAGAGGUCCUGAGAAUGUGUUCAUGCACCAGCAAGGUACUAUGAGUUUCAACCAGCCAGAAGAAGCACAGGCCCAGCUGAACACAAAAGAAGAUAUGCAUCAGUUUAGACUUGAUCCCCUGCUCACCAAAGGGCAAGGAAACACAGAGGAGUUCUCAAGGCAGGUUAACACAGACUAUACUGCUGGAAUAUCACCUACCACACAAGAAAAGAAGUCAGCAGACGAUAUCAGUUCAGUAAAUGAUGAUUUCAGCGCCAUAGAAACAGCGGAUCUUGCAACAAAGUGUCAAAAAGAGAAAAGGGAGGACCAUGACUCUGAAUCUCAGGGUAGUGAAGCUGAAGAGGCUAAUCUAACAGUACAGGACACUUCAGUAUCACAAGAGGGCGCUGGGCAGAAUAGGACUGGAAAGGCCACAAUAGCCAGUAAGACAGAACAAGCUGAUCUCAGUGAUUCAGAAGAAGUUGAUGUGACAAUGACAGAGAUGACCUCAGCAGCGAAUGAAGAAACUAUCUGUGAACAAAGACUUAUUCAUCAACUUGAAGAAGAAACUGAAUGUGUUGCUUCUCAGUUGAAGAGGGAAGACUCACCUGUGGUAGAGCAAUUAGAAACUCCAGCAGUAGAACUGAAUGAUGAAUCAGACCAAGAACUUGCAGAUGCUUUGAAUGUUACUCAUGAGACACCACAAGACAUUUCAGAGGUGAUUUUGGAGGUAGAUACUGAGGCAGGGGUAGUCGCUGACUUCCAGGCGACUUCGCUUACUGGGGAGGAAGAGCUAAAGCCAGAGCAACAAAACCUAGAGGAAGUAAUGGAAAAUGAAGAUUGUUCUAAUGAGUUUAGUGUGAAUGCUAGCCACUUAGAAGAGGUCAGUGUGCAAGUGGAAGUGAGUAACUCAGCAGUGACCCUGGAGGCCAUUUCUGAACAAAGUCUUCUUACUCUUGAAGCGAAGCUGGCUGGUUCUGACUCAGAAAGGGAAGAUGCAGAAGGUGAACUUCACUCAAGCAUGCAAAUGACAGAGGAGACAUCUGUGAUGGAGGAAGUAGAACUGAAUGAUGACUCAAUCCAAGAACUUGUGGAGGUUGAGGUACCACAAGACAUUUCAGGGGUGAUUUUGGAGGUAGAUACAGAGGCAGAGGUAGUCACUGACUUCCAGACGACUGCGCUUACUGGGGAGGAAGAGCUAAAGCCAGAGCAACAAAACCUAGAGGAAGUAAUGGAAAACGAAGAUUGUUCUAAUGAGUUUAGUGUGAAUGCUAGCCACUUAGAAGAGGUCAGUGUGCAAGUGCAAGUGAGUAACUCAGCAGUGACCCUGGAGGCCAUUUCUGAACAAAGUCUCCUUACUCUUGAAGCGAAGUUGGCUGGUUCUGACUUAGAGAGGGAAGAUGCAGAAGGUGAACUUCACUCAAGCAUGCAAAUGACAGAGGAGACAUCUGUGAUGGAGGAAGUAGAAACUCCAGCAGUGGACCUAAAUGAUGCCUCAAUCCAAGAAGGUGUGGAGGUUGAGGUACCACAAGACAUUUCAGGGGUGAUUUUGGAGGUAGAUACUGAGGCAGAGGUAGUCACUGACUUCCAGGUGACUUUGCUUACUGAGGAGGAAGAGCUAAAGCCAGAGCAACAAAACCUGGAGGAAGUAAAAGUGGUUGAGGUACCACAAAACAUUUCAGGGAUGAAUUUGGAGGAAGACACAGGGGUGCGGGUAGUCACUGACGUCCAGGUAGCUAUGCUUCCUGAAGUGGUAAAGGGAGAACUAAGGCCUGAACACCAAAACACAGAGGAAGUAAGGGAAAAUGAACACUGGCCUAACCAGACAGGAACUAAGUUAGAGAGCAAGGAUGUUGGGGAUCAACUAGAGUCAAGCAUACAAAAGACAGAGGACACCCCUGUGAUGGAACAAGUAGAAACUACAGAAGAAGGAGUGAUUGAUGAACUAGACCCAGACCUUGUAGAGACUGAAUCAGACCUGCGAGACCCUACUAAUUUACAACAGUCAGCCCCAUCUGACCCUGAGAGUGACGAGGAGGCAGAUUUAGAGGAGCUGAUGAGUAAUGUAACAGAAUGUGACAUAUCAACAGAUCUAGAGCAGGUGCUGGAUAUGAGACAGUACAUUGAGACACCUGAGGUAGACAGUGUAGAAGAGUUUCAGGUGCAGGUUUCUACAGGCCAAAUGACGCCUCAAGCAACAAGGCACUGCAGCGUUCAGAAUGAGUCACUAGCCCUUAGAGAGUCAUCAGAUUUAAGAUAUAUGAUUGAAAAGGAUUUUGACAAUGAAAGUGCCAAUAUUGUACCUGACCCAUCAGCUGAACUAAUGUGUCAGGAGGAUGUAGACAGCUCAGAAGACAUUGCAAGGAUGCAUGUGGAGACAGAAACAGAAGGAGGAGCAGUUACUGGACAGGUAGCUGUACUUAAUGACAAAGAGAAGGAAGCGAUCAGCCCAAGAACGCCCCAGAUCUCCCCUGCAGUCACCUGA